AUGGACUAUCCCAGGGACACUCGCAGGGGCGGCGGCUCCUCAGGGACUUUUCCAGAGGGGUCGACGCCCCCAUGGGCCCUCCUAGAGGCAGCGACGCCUUCAGAGACCCUCCUAGGGAUGGUGGCGCCCCCAAGGACCCUGCCAGGGGAGGCUGCACCCCCAGGGGCCUUCUCAAUGGCGGCUGCGCCCCCAGGAGCCUUCCCAGGGGUGAUUGAGCCCCCAGCUGCCAUCCCAGGGACAGCAGCGUCUCCAGGAACCCUCUUAGGGGCGGUAGCGCCCCCAAGGGCUUUCCCAGCGUCGACAGUGCCCCCAGGGGCCCUCUCAAGGGCAGCGGCAUCUCCAGGGACCCUCCUAGGCUCAGUAGCGCCUCCAGGUGCCCUUUGA